GUCAGGAAAAAACCUGGGGAGGACGCCAUGUGCGUUGGAUUCUGACGGAUUUGGGGGGGACUCAGAGACGUUCGGGUGAUCGAUCCGGACGGCAGAAGCAGCCGGGGCGAAGCCAGCACACGGCGGACAUGAACUGCAGCAGACUGUGCAUCCGGACCGCGCUGCGGGCGGCGGGGCGGACGCACCGGCAGGAGCUCCGCAUGCCAGCCCUCUGCACCCUCAGGACAUUCCACACCGGUUCAGCCUGCCAGUCUGACGCCAUUCCUGCCCCACCCCUGGACGGAGCCCCCAAACAGUACUCCCCCAAAAUCCAGCAGCUGGUCAACGAAAUCGCUAACCUCACUCUGCUGGAGGUGUCUGACCUCAACGAGCUGCUGAAGAAAACUCUGAAUAUUCAGGAUGUGGGGGUGGUGCCAGCGGGGACCGUGGCUUUGUCGGCAGCCCCAGCAGCCCAGGCGGCGGAGGAAGAGGUGGCUCCAGCAAAGAAAGAGAAGACCCAUUUCACAGUGAAACUCACAGAGCUGAAAGCGGCUGAGAAAGUCAAACUGAUCAAGGAGGUGAAGAACUGCAUGCAGGGCUUAAACCUCGUGCAGGCUAAGAAGCUGGUGGAGUCUCUGCCGCAGGAGAUCCGGGCGAAUGUGUCUAAAGAAGAGGCAGAGAAGCUGAAGGCAGCGCUGGAGGCAGCAGGGGGCACUGUGGUGCUGGACUAGAGCCACGCCCUGGUCCGCCCGCUCACUCCUGCCUUCGCUUACCCCUUCCGUUGUUUUUUUAUUUUUUUGUCUGUUGGACAGUGAUGGGUGAAAGACUAUAAAAUUGCCUCUGUGCACAGAACUUACUCUCCUGGUCUCUGGACGAGUGGGAGUUACCCGAACUAAACCCAACGGGCCGUGAGCCUGACCGCUCUGUCUCCGCCCACACGUCAGAUUGAUGAUGUGAUUCUCUGUCAGCGCCCCUCUGUCCGCCUGACAGACAGGCGGAUGUUUGUCACAGUCUGCAAUCCGAUAAGUUUGUGCUAUAACACAAGGGGGCGCUGUGGCAAACCCAUGGACAGCAGAUAGUGAAGGGUGGAAUUAAAAGUGGACAAAGGAGUGCGGUCUCUCAUUCUUUGGUGGAUUAGCCAUGAAGAGGGUUCUGGGAUGAGCUCAGCUUUAAGAGAUUGGGUGUGUGUGUGUGUGUGUGUGCCUACUUGUGUGUGUGUAUGUAUGAAGGUGUGUGGCAGGACUGUUGACUGUUUCAUGCUGUGUGGGCAAUGCUCCUCUCUGACCAGUACCUAAAGGAUCCACUAGGUGGCGAAAGACAACACUACAGUGUGUAGGUUGACUGGUGUCAAUGCUGGAGUGUAAGGUAACCGAGGCACUGGGAUGACGGACGGGGGGGGGUGGGGUGCUAAACCUCACCCCUCUGUGUGCUUGCAGCUCUCGGGUGCAAAUGACUGGAGGAACAGUAAAGGGGUGUGGGAGGGACUUUUUGUAUUAAAAAACAAUACAAAGCAUUUUAA